AUGGAGAGGAACAAACAGUGGAUGAAUUGGCUGGCCAACUUCAGCAAUACAAAAAAAGUAUCUCUUCCUCCCUAUGGGCCUGCAUCUCAGCUGUGGAGAAACUGUCCUGACAGGUCCAGUAACUCAAAGAGAAUAUGUCCUACUCCGCACCUGUACGGACCAGUAUCAGCCAUUAGGACUGCCGUGGAGACGGAAGGAAUUAAACAGCUGUCCACCUUGCCUGGUCUCUCAGAGGACCCCUCUGUUGUGGGGUUGCUGAGAGUUGAGGAACAACAGGUGCCAAUCGCUACCACAACAGUGCACCGGUGGCAAUAUCGCACCAGCCGAGACUCCCUGAUUCCCAUCCAUAAGCUGAUUCGUCGACUGGAGAGCCAAGGAGUGAUCAGCAAGACUCGUUCACCCUUUAACAGUCCCAUAUGGCCAGUGCGAAAGUCUAAUGGAGAGUGGAGACUGACAGUAGAUUACUGUGGCCUGAACGAAGUCACGCCACUGCUGAAUGCUGCCGUGCCGGACAUGCUAGAACUUCAAUACGAACUGGAGUCAAAGGCAGCCAAGUGGUAUGCCACAGUUGAUAUUGCUAAUGCGUUUUUCUCAAUCCCUUUGGCAGCAGAGCCAUAUUUUCUUUAUGUGGUGGUGUAUGUUAUUUCUCCUUACAGACGCCUCCACCUCAAUAAGAAAGCCACAGACAAACAGCCAUAUAGCAAGCUUCCUGGUGUUUCACUCCUAAAGCCGUUAAAAGGUGUGGAUCCUAACCUGAUCAACAACUUAGAAACCUUCUUUGAACUGGAUUAUCCAAAAUAUGAAGUACUACUCUGUGUACAAGAUCAUGAUGAUCCAGCUAUUGAUGUGUGCAAAAAACUUCUUGGCAAAUACCCGAAUGUUGAUGCUAGACUGUUCAUAGGUGGCAAGAAGGUUGGCAUCAACCCCAAGAUUAACAACUUAAUGCCUGGCUAUGAAGUUGCCAAAUAUGAUCUUAUAUGGAUUUGUGAUAGUGGAAUCAGAGUAAUGCCAGACACGCUGACAGAUAUGGCCAAUCAAAUGACUGAAAAAGUAGGCUUGGUCCACGGGCUUCCCUAUGUUGCAGACAGACAGGGUUUUGCUGCUACCCUUGAACAGGUUUAUUUUGGAACUUCGCAUCCUAGGUCGUAUAUUUCAGCCAACUUAACUGGCUUUAAGUGUGUAACAGGAAUGUCAUGCUUGAUGAGGAAGGAUGUCUUGGACCAAGCUGGAGGACUGAUAGCUUUUGCACAAUAUAUUGCUGAAGAUUACUUUAUGGCCAAAGCUAUAGCUGACCGGGGUUGGAAAUUUGCAAUGGCCACACAAGUUGCAAUGCAGAACUCUGGUUCAUAUUCUAUUUCUCAGUUUCAGUCCAGAAUGAUCAGGUGGGCCAAACUGCGAAUUAAUAUGUUGCCUGCCACAAUAAUUUGUGAGCCAAUCUCAGAGUGCUUUGUUGCCAGUCUAGUUAUUGGAUGGGCAGCUCAUCAUGUGUUUAGAUGGGAUAUAAUGGUAUUUUUCAUGUGUCACUGCUUGGCGUGGUUUAUAUUUGACUACAUUCAACUAAAAGGUGUUCAGGGUGGUGCUCUGUGUUUUUCAAAACUUGAUUAUGCAGUAGCUUGGUUCAUCAGAGAAUCCAUGACAAUUUAUAUUUUCCUAUCUGCUUUGUGGGACCCCACUAUUAGCUGGAGGACAGGACGUUACAGAUUACGUUGUGGAGGCACUGCAGAAGAAAUUCUUGAUGUAUAGCCACAGCUUUGUAACUGUGAAUGUCAAAAAGAGAAGGGGGGGGGAAGAAAAGUAUUAUAAAUUGUUUAUAUAAAUACUUUUAAGAAAAUCUACCUUCAGUAGUUUUAUUACUUGUAUGUUUUGGUAUCUGUUCUUUAAUUUAUUUUUGCAUGGCACUUGCAUCUGUAAAAAC